CCCGGGAGCCGCGGCGAGCGCAGGAAUCCUCUGGGGUUGCUCCUUUUGGGGUUCAACCCCCCCUCACCCCUUCCCCUCCCUCAGCUUUGGGACCACUUGGACCACACGAUGUUCUUCCCCGAUUUCCGACCUUUCCUGAGCAGCGGCUCCCUGGACCAAGAGAACCGGGACAACGAGAGGGGCCACCAAGCCCACGCCGACCUCUGGGGGCCCAGCCGCCCCCCCCGGUUGCCCAUGACGCGGAGGUACCGCUCCCGGGGCAGCUCGCGCCCCGACAGGUCUCCGGCCAUCGAGGGGAUAAUCCAGCAGAUCUUCGCGGGGUUUUUCGCCAACUCGGCGCUCCCCGGCUCGCAGCACCCCUUCUCCUGGAGUGGGAUGCUGCACUCCAACCCCGGGGACUACGCGUGGGGACAGAGCGGCCUCGACGCCAUCGUCACCCAGCUUUUGGGCCAGUUGGAAAACACGGGGCCCCCCCCGGCCGACAAAGAGAAGAUCUCCUCCCUCCCCACAGUGACAGUAACUCAGGAACAAGUGGAUACGGGCUUGGAGUGUCCCGUGUGUAAGGAGGACUACACGGUGGCCGAGCAGGUGCGGCAGUUACCCUGCAACCACUUCUUCCACAGCAACUGCAUCGUGCCCUGGUUAGAGCUGCACGACACGUGUCCGGUGUGCAGGAAGAGCUUAAACGGCGAGGACUCGACCCGGCAAGCACAGAACCCCGAGGCCUCAGCGAGCAACAGCUUCAGCAGUGAAAGCCAACUACACGACCGAUGGACUUUCUGACCUCGGGGGCUUCCUCGGGGGGCUCUGGCCGGAGCGUUCUUACUCCAGAUGUACAUUGUAUUCUAAUUCCAACAGAGUAGCAGGAAAUAUAGGGCAGGGGAGGGCACCCACCCCGUGGUAUCGCGUCGACGAGUGCUGUCUUGUUCCUGAAACUUUUAGCAUCUCCGAGCCAAUCGCGUCUCCAUCGGAAUCGCCUCUUUAGUCCCCAACCCAGAGUCUUUUUGAGUGAUUUGACUUGAUUUUAUACCUGUGAAACGUGGCCUCUGGAGGGGCCGGGCCGGGCAGGGAGGUUUGUGGCUCUCGGGGGGACCCUACCUGGGCCCCGGGGUCUCGGCACAGCCCCCGUGCGCGGCAGCGGAGGUGGGGAGAGCGUUUUGGUGACGGAGAACCGAGAAGAUUUUCCUCCUCUGGCCCCUUCCCGGACCCCUCGAAGCGUGUGGGUUUUUUUUUUUCCCCUCUUCUGUUGAAUUCAGCCUUUAAAGCGUUGCUCCAGGUGUUCUCCAGGGAGGUGGAGGCGUGGAGGGCUCCGGGUCGGGGCUCACCGCGGUGCCCGUGGACAGAAGCGCGCUCGGGGCCCCCGCGAGCCCCCGGUUCUGGGAACAGGAAUGCAGACGCAGGAAUUUUUGGGGCUCGUUGUGGACUUUUUUUCCUCUUUUUUUUUCUGUCCCUUCUCCAGGUGCCUGUGGCCCCGGGUCUGUCCCAACCUGCCUCCCCACCCCAAAAGUGAGUCGUUUAGGAUCCUUAGCUGGCUUGUAUCGUAGGGACCACAUCCGCGGUGUCCUGCAGGACGGCGGCCCCAGCUGCAGCCCCUUCUAACGGCAGCCUCGGUGUCUAACACCCGGUCUUAAUUCUCCUUUAGUCCGGUAACUUUAAGAGAAUCUCUUUCAUUUUUGCAUUUUUUGUUUUUUUUUUUUGUUUUAUUUCUUUUCCACUCCUGUAACAUCUCAUCCACGUCCCCGCUCCUCGUUCUGAGCCGCGCGGCGCCGCUCCCUCCCCGCUGGGCCUUGGCGGGGAGGGGGGAGGUCGCGCCCCCCACCCCUCGCCCCUUCGUUGCUGUGACGGUGUACCACGUACACUCGAUUCCAACCAGUGUUCUGUUUGCUAUGAAGUC